AUGAUUAAAUUGAUAGUCACAGUAUGCCAUUUGAUCUAAUUUGUUAUUCAUUCUUGGUUUAUGUAUCAAUAAACAUUGGCAUUUAAUCCUGGAAUUUUAGAAGAAGCUUUAUGGAAUCAAGUGAAAUUUUUGACUAAUUUUUCUAAUUGGGCUAUGUUUACUUAUUUAAUACCUUUUGUGAUAUUUGAUCUUAAAAAUUAUAAUACUCAGAAAAUUCAAGAUAGAUAUCCACAAAUUGUGAAUAUUUUGUUUUAAGGACUUAAUCCGAUUUUAUUUUUAGUUAUGGCAACUUAUUAGAGUUUUAUCAUAAUUGAUCCAAAACUUUUAGUAUUGGAUGGAUUUACUCCAACAUAAUGGUAAUUAGUAUUACUUGGAUAUUUACAUCUAGGAAAUUGGUUAUUGAUGUAAAAUAUAUAUAGUAAAUUUUAGGUAAAUAGAGUAUAUCUUAUAUGAACAUUAAAAAGUACCAAAAAUAAAAUUGUUUCUAUUUUUUUUAUUUUACACUAUCAUUUAUUUAUCUAUAUAUGGUAAAUCUACAAUAUAAUUUAUAGGUUGUUAUUUCUUAUUAAAAGGAAAACAUGUUUAUGGGUUUUAACAAAGAUUAAGUAUUCCAAUAAUUGUUGUGUUAAAUAUAUUCUAGUUUUUCAUUUUAUUUUUAGUCGAUUUUGUAUAUGGAAAAGUAACCAGAUCAAUGACAUUCAAGAAAUUUAUAUUUGAGAAUAGAUUUUUGAAGAAUUCAAUUGGAGAAGAUUAAAAGAAAUAAUAAUGA